UCUCCAAGUAUGGCUCACUCUUCAUGUGGGAACUUGGUAACCAGGCUUGCUCUUUGUGUCAUCCUGUUCCUUUGUUUAGGAAUAGGUACAGAGGCUGAAAGCAGCAGAGUAUACAUUGUGUAUUUGGGAGAAAGGCAGCAGGAAGAUCCCGAAGUCGUUGCAAGCUCACACCAUGACAUGCUAACUAGAGUCUUGGGAAGCAAAGAAGCAGCUCUAGAUUCAAUUUUGUACAGCUACAAGCAUGGGUUUUCUGGUUUUGCAGCAAGGCUUACUGAAUCACAGGCAAGAUUCAUUGCAGAGCUUCCUGAAGUUGUUGGGGUGAUACCUAGUCGAACCCACGAGCUGCACACCACAAGAAGCUUUGAAUUUCUGGGUCUUCAUCCAGGCACCUCAAACAAUCUCCUCUCUACAUCCAACUAUGGAGAUGGCGUGAUAAUUGGGCUUAUAGACACUGGAAUCUGGCCAGAGUCCCCAAGCUUCAACGAGGAAGGAUUAGGUCCUGCUCCGGCGACAUGGAGAGGCACAUGCCAGGCAGGACAGGACUUCAACACUUCAAACUGCAACAAGAAGAUAAUUGGUGCCCGGUUUUUCGCCAAGGGAAUCAUUGCCAAGUUUGGAGGUCUGCCAAGUGCUACAGAGUACCGGUCUCCAAGAGAUGCAAACGGGCACGGGACUCACACAGCCUCAACUGCAGCCGGCUCCUUUGUGAAGAACGCCAAUUAUGGUGGCUUAGCCUUUGGAGUAGCCAGAGGGGGGGCGCCUCGGGCCCGCUUGGCCAUCUACAAGGCCUGCUGGGGUCCGGGCAGCUGUGAGUCGGCCGACGUGAUUGCGGCCAUCGACAGCGCAAUCCACGACGGCGUUGAUAUCAUCUCUAUCUCAGUGGGCAAAAACGAGCCUCCUCAGCCUUUCUUCUUGGGUGACGAGAGCGACAUAUCCAUCGGUGGAUUUCACGCAGUGGCUAGAGGGAUCACGAUCGUCUGCUCCGGCGGCAAUGCCGGUCCUUUCCCGCAGAAGGUCACCAAUGGAGCUCCAUGGAUCUUGACAGUGGCUGCAACCACCAUAGACCGCUCGUUCCCUACUGCCAUCACUCUGGGCAACAACCGCACGCUCACAGGCCAAUCAAUUUACUUUGGAAGCAGGGACGAUGGAUUCAAAAAAUUAGUCUACUCUGGUGAUAUCCCCACUGAGAAUGUGGAUCCCAGCAUUAGCGUCAGUUGCGAUAUAGGAUCUCUGAAUUCCACAUUGGCAAAAGGGACAAUAGUGUUGUGCUUCACAAGUGCAAACGACCCAGCGAAACAAUACGCCGCAGCUCUGCUUGGCGUGCUUCAAGCAGGAGGAGCUGGUGUCAUCUUCGCAAUGCACACAAUCAACGUCCUUGUUCCAUGCUCCCUCAUAUCCUGCGUUCAAGUGGAUUAUGAAAUUGGCACUGAAAUCCUUGCCUACAUCAGGGCUACAAGAUCGCCAAAAGCAAAGAUUAGCCUCACACAUAAUACCAUUGCAAGGGUGGCCUCUCCAAAGGUUGCCCACUUCUCUUCAAGAGGACCUAAUUCCCUCUCACUUGAUGUCUUGAAGCCUGAUAUAGCUGCGCCUGGAGUCAACAUCUUAGCAGCAGGGGAAAAGUCCAAGCCAUAUUUCUUCGCCUCUGGAACGUCCAUGGCAUGCCCUCAUGUCUCUGCAAUUGCAGCAUUGCUCAAAUCCCUGCAUCCCCACUGGAGCCCUGCAGCCAUAAGGUCUGCCAUGGUCACUACAGCCUCAGUAACCAGCGCAUAUGGCGAACCCAUUACAGCAGAAGGAGGCCCUAGGAAGAUUGCUGAUCCAUUUGACUUUGGAGGCGGCCAUGUCGACCCCAACAGCGCAGCAGACCCUGGCUUGCUUUACGACAUGAGUGUUGCAGACUACGUUCAGUUCCUCUGCUCGUCGGGGUAUAGCAGUUCUGCAAUUAGCCGCUUGACUGCUAAGGCAACAACAUGUGGAGCAAGCGGCUCCGUUUCUGACCUCAAUCUUCCUUCUAUCACAAUCUCUAACCUCAAGAAGACUACCAUUGUAGCGAGAACAGUUACAAAUGUUGGUCCCGUUCGUUCCACUUACAGAGUCAAGGUUGAAGCUCCACCUGGUGUGAGGGUUUCCGUGGAGCCUCAGACACUGAGUUUCAAUGAGAAGGUGAAGUCUUUAACUUUCAGAGUCACAUUCUCACCGGUUCAUGAGAUACAAGGUGAUUUUUGCUUUGGGAGCCUCACCUGGAUGGACGGGAAGCAUGUGGUUCGUAUUCCUCUCGUUACACGAGUGGUCAUUCAAGAUUCAUAUGCUGAUAUCUCCUAGCUAGCUAGUUAAAAUUAUGCCAUCACAG